AUGGCUGUUGAACAACAUCUUCUCGACUUGACCGCUCUGGUGCUCAGCAACCUCACGGACCAACAUGACUGGACUGAAGUGCAACUUCACGAUGAUGGUCGACCUCGCCCACGACCCGUCAUCACCGGUCUACCGCCGACCAGGCUAUAUAUCCAUCCCGACGAGCAAAUUGAGAUCCUAGAGAAAGAACAAUUCACAGGAAAACGCUCCAGCCAAGCGCCAGAGUUUGAGUGGGUUCUACCGGUUCAUUUGAGCGAACAGUGGACGUUAUCUUCGUUCGCAAACAUUUUUGAUUCCAUCGAUGCCCUACCUCGUAUGGCCCACUCGGCAGAUACUUCAGAUGCAACCUCGGGCAGAGACUGGCGUGGUGCAGGUCGCCAAAAGAGAUUGUUGCUUGCCGUCGUCCACGAUGACUCGACCGUCUCCUACUAUCUCAUGCACGAAGGCAUCGUGAAGCCUAGGCAAAAUUAA